UUAUUGAUAAUUUUCUGGGAGGAAAUAUGGUAGAGAUAGUAUCCUGCUUAUCUGAUGAUUCUGGAAAUGAAACUAAACUUUUUGUUGAGGAACAGGUACAGAAAUCAGAAAAAUUAUUGAGCCCAACACUUCCAAGUACUUCCACACCCAAAGUUUUUCAUGGCUAUAAGAAUUUAGUGGAACCUGAACUUAGUGAGAUAUCAGAAGAAGAUGAAACUUUAAUGAAAAUAUCAACAAAUGAAUAUCCUUCAAUAGCCGAGGAUCAGAAAGUUAAUACACCUCAUUGUCUAGAAAAUGAAACGACCAGUGAACAAAAAGCUCAAGAAAAGAUUACCAAAAAGAGGGGAAGGAAAUUAAAGGCGUGUCGUAAUCAAAAGAGUAAAAAAUCAACAAAAAGUAAAUCUACAAAGAAUGUGUCGGCUAGCAUGGCAUUAGAGGAAGCAACUAAACUAAACUUAAUGAGUGCAUCUGGUGAAUCUGAUCAGUCCUUUAUCUCAUCAAAUGCAGACAUAUUCUUAAGACAUGAUACAUCAUCCACAGAAUUUAGCAGAGAAGAGAUUGGUGAAUGUCAUGAAGAUAAUUUUACCAAUAUGUCUCGUGAUGAAUUAUGUAAAUUAGCUGUUUCUGUCAGUAAAGGCAGUAUCGACACUGUGAAAAAAGCAGCAGAUAGUACCAGCGACAUUGGAACUUUAAGGACUCUUAUCGAAGAUACAGGGAAUAUAAAAGAAGUUGUGCAAGUAUACCUAGAAAAUCUUGUUAAAGAUCCAAGUGUAUAUUUUGAUGAUUCUGGAAUAGAGACUCCCACAUAUAACCCAAAAACUUUUUUGAAUUUGGAUAACAUUGAUCUUGAGGAAUUGCCUUACAAUACGAGUAGAAUAACCGGUCCAAUGAAUGCAAGUUCAGUUGACAACGCACUGACUGCUCAAGAUGAAAUACGUCAACUUGCGCAAACAAAUGUUGAGAUAUUACAAGAAAUGUCUGCACUGUUGUCUGGAUUUAAAGAUAAUGACACAAUUAGUAUGGACAGAAACAAACAUACAGAAUUUUAUAAGAAUGACAGUACCAAUAACAGUCGAGAUAAAACAAGUUACUCUACUCUUGAGGAGGAUCUUAGAAUUGAUUCAUCUUCUAGUGACACUGAGGCAGAAAAGGCAACUGAAGUGAUAGAAUUGGAAAACAUGGGAAAGAAAACAAGCCUCUUUUCUCCAGGAAGUCGAAGCUUUUCGGUAACUGAUAUAGAAAACAAAGAAACAGAUGUAAGUCGAGCUGCAGUUCCAGGAAACGUUAAUAGUCCAUCAAAACAAGAAAUGUUCAGUCCACAAGAUAGUAUUGUGUCAAGUCCACUUAAGAGUGAAAGUCCCACAACGGUCCUGUUCAGUCAACAUAAUAGUUCGGUCAAGGUUCUUAGUACUGGCAGUUCUCCCAAAACUCUCUUCACUCAACAAGAUAGUACUGUUUCAAAUCCAGUCAAGAUUAUUACUGCUAGUUCUCCGAUAUCUCAGGUUGGUCAACAAGAUAGUACUGUGUCAAGUCCAAUCAAUAUUAAUACUAGUAAUUCUCCAAAGACUAAGUUUGGUCAACAAGAUUGUCUUAUUGAGAGUCCAGUCAAGAUUCUUACGGGUAGUCCUCCCAGUCAACAAGAUAGUGAUGUGAAAAGUCGAGCCAAGAUUAUUACUUCCAGUUCUCCCAAAACUCUGGUUGGUGAACAAGACAGUGUUGUAGCAAGUCCAGUCAAGAUUAUUACUGGUAGUCCUCUCAAGUCUCAGAUUGAUGAGCAAAGUUAUGUUGUGGAGAGCCCAGUCAAAAUUAUUAUUGAUAGUUCUUCCAAAACUCUUGGUCAACAAGAUAGUGUUGUGCAGCAUCCAAUAAUCAACUAUAGCUCUUCAAAAUGUGAAAUUUUUAGUCCAAAAAGUAUCAACAGUUCAGGUAGCUCAAAUGUUCAAGAACCAAAAGAGGAACUUUCUGAAGUAACAUUUACAGAAGCUGAUGUUAAGGAUCGCAACGAUCAAAGUUGGCCGUCUGAAGAAGGAAGUUCACAUGUCAUGGUGAGUGUCAACAAGGUACUUUUGAAACCAAAAGAAGAAAUAGACAAGGAGAUUGCAGAGAUCCAUGUGUCAAAAGAUCAGGAAUAUGAAGAGGAAUUGUUGAAUAAUAUGUGCUUAACAAAAGUUUCCAAAGUUGUUCCUAAUGCUGAAAUUGCAGAAGAACCUGCCUGUUCAGAUCUUGUUGAUGUAGUUACCACCAAAUGGCUUCCUUGUAACCUUGCUAUGCAAAGUACUCCUGUUUUUCAACAGAUCUUUAAACACAGAGCCUCUGUAAUAAUUCAGCCCUUGAAAAAGAAAAUAGUGGUUGACGGAAAGAUUUGGAAAAAACAUGGACAUGUCUGGAGCAUUAAAAAACAUGCAAAGAAGACCAUUUCUGAAACUGCGGAAUCCAAGUCGUCUUCCAUGGAAAUUUCUAAGUUUAUAGAAGAUAUUAGAAAGGGCGGCAUUCCUGUUCAACAAGAAAAGGGGGGUAGCAGUUUGAAAGAAAAUAAUGAGAACAAGAAUUCUCUGACAGAAUUUGAAAAAGCCAUAUGCAAUCCUCAGAAAGAUUCCCACAAAAAGCCUAAAAGAGUGAAAAUAGCUAGAUCUAUUUCUGAAGAACUUGAAGAUACUAAAUUGGACCCGACAUGCAAUGCGAAAGAAUGUUUACAAAAUAUCCAGAAACAAUUAAAUGUUAACAGACCUGUGUCUAAAUUAGCUAGACAAAUUUUAAAGAAGAAGGCUCUCGAAGAACAAGCUUCAAAGAGUAAAGCAGAGCUAAUUUUAGAACCUAUUGGAACAUUUGAAUCAAUUCUUUCGAAGACAUCAAAGUUAUCAAAUGUCUCCUAUCAAUCAGAUAAAGGAGAUGACAGUUCCGGCAAAAGUUCUUUUACCAUACCAAAAUUUAACAGUAGUUUCAAGAUACCCACUCAUUCGAAGCAAAAAUCUGAGGAAAGUGAGGGAUCGCUAGUUUCCCCACUGAACAGAACAUAUAAAGAUGAUUCAUCAUCUUCUUCCCUUGAGUUUUUGAAUACCAAACCUACCAGUCAUCUGCAGUCUGGAAAAUCACAAACAGAGCAAUCCUGUUUUGUUUUUGGAGAUACAAAACUUUCUUUAUCAUCUUUUGGGAAAAAGAAAUCUCUUGAGGAUAUGAAAACAAGUUUUACUUUUGGCAAGACAAGCUUCAACACUUCUUUUAAAGUAAAUGAGUCCAAAAAGAAAGAACUGUUAAGAAAUUUGGAAUCAGUUAUAAACAGCAGUUCAAAUUCCUUACAUGACUUGAGCUCCACUUCAUCGACAUUUUCGUUCGGGAAGAUAGACACUAAUGAAAAAGACUUUCAAGUUCCUCUUGAUUAUAAUUCUGAAGCUGAUUAUCCAUGUCCAGAUUCCCCAGCAGAUUCAUUUUCUACAAUUUCUAGUAGAUCCACAUCUUCUGGUUACGCAAUCAAUAAAUUAAAGAGAAGAAUAUGCACCAAUUCCACAGUUUUUGAUUCUCCAUUGAAGAGAUUCAGUUUUUCCGAGCAACCUCAUCCCGAGAAGUUUUCACCUAGUCCGAAUAAAAACUCAGAUUAUGUUCAAGUUUCUGAUGUAGACACAACUAAUAUCAAACACAUUGCCAACAUUAAACCUACAACUACGGCCAUUGUUGAUGCAAAUAUCUCUUUAGAAAGUGAAGAACUGAACUAUGAAGAAUCUAUUAUGGAAGAAGUGAAGGAAGAAGAUGAGCUAGAAGAUGAAAUAGAUGAUGAAAUAGAUGAAGAUAAUGAUUUGGAAAAUCAAGGUGUAUCUGAAGUGAAAAUCAAAGAUGUUGAAGAUGUGCAGAAGACUGAACACAUAUCCUCUACUGAAAUUAUACCCGAAGACAAAACCAAGACAUUGUCUAUUACCAGUUAUUUGAAAGAACCAUCUGCUGAUACAAGCAUUACUAAUCCUGGUUUUGAAAUACUGCCUCAUGUUCCCACAAACCAUAAUGAAAAGACUUCUGAUAUUCUCAAUGUCACAGAAGAAACUCCAUUUAAGUCCAACAAUAAUAGAGAUGAAACUUUGCUGGAAGGAGAUGGAAGUCAGAUUGAAUGGUCCCAGAUGGGUGGCACUUUCAAUUUGACAAAAGAGCAGUAUGAAGUUGCUGAUAUGGAUAUUGGUGACUCCAAUGACGACAUCAAUACAGCUGAUAGUUCAGGUGAAGACUUUUGUUCAGAUAAGAGUGAAGAUAAAUUUGAUGGAGAUAACAACAAGGAAGAGAGCGAAGCUGAAAGUUCAGAUGAUGCUCUAUCUGAGAGUCAAGAAUCAAAACCUGAAGGGAUACCUAAAGAAGGAGAUACUAUCUCAGAGGAAGAUGAAGAUGUCAAAUCCAAAGAUGAUGUUCUUUCCCUUUUGCCAUCAGAUGAUGAAUUUAUGGAUGAGUUUGAAAUUGAAAGUCAAACUGUAUCUAAAGCCAGCAAGAAAUCUAACAUACCGGUUGAGUUCAUUGAAAAACCAUCCAGUAGUAAAGACUGUAAAAAAUCGGUUGAGUUCUUUGAAAAACCAUCUAGUAGUAAAGACUGUAAAAAAUUGGAAGACGUUGUAGAAAAAGAAAAGAUUAAAACCAAUGAGGAUGUUAGUGAAAGUAAGAGGGAAGCACCUAUAGUCAAGAUUGAUAAAAGAUUGAUACCUCCUAACUAUUGUUGGGAUUUGCAGAAUUGUAAGAGAAAGAUCUGCACCUUUAUCCAUAGAAGACCAUCAGAAGAAGACAUACAUCACCAAGCCACAAAAAUGAUAAGUCAUGCUUUGCAUGUUAAAAAUUACAAGGAGGCUGUGGAUGUUUAUGUGAAUGCUAAGAAACAAGAGAUUAAAGGAGCGUUUCAACCUGUUGAUCAAAUGAUACCAUUGUUAAAUGCUUGUUUUAUGUUGGGGUAUAAGUACUCAGAUGUAGCUUAUAGCUUGUUGUGCGUUUUAUACAUUUCACAGAGCCCUCCUUUGGAUGACAGAAUGUGUUGUGAAUUUAUCAACAUGUGUAGUGUGAACAGAGAAAUGUAUUCUUCUCAGAUCGGACAAAUAUUUGAUAUUAUGAAAUCUCUUAAUCUGCUGCCAUCAAAAAUAGACUCAAUGAUUACUUUACUUAUGACGUUUUAUGAACUGAAGGAUUAUAAUAAGUUGUUUCAAAUUAUGAUAUAUUUGAAUGAGUGUGAAUUUCUGUGUAUACCAUUAUUUAUAAGGGAAGCAACUCUUUUACACGUUAUUACACAUAGCUAUCAUCAAAUCUACCUCGAUUUAACCUCCAAAUGGAUUGAUCAAACCCAUGAACAUUUGUUGUUAGAUUUAAACAAGGAGAUUUUACUUCAGUUAUUAGCGAUAUUUCAAAAACUUGAUUCACUGAGUACAAUACAGAAGUUGGAAUGGGUUCUCCAUGUUAAGCCAGAGAUUAUACCUGAAAUAGAAGAACCAGAUAUUGAUAGAGAAGAAGCUGAGUUAAUGGCGUCUGCUAAUUUUUCAAGUCAGGAACUACAAAUGAAUGAGAAAAAGUCAUAUAUGCACAGAAUUCAGGGCUGUAAAUCUUCGUGUAAUUGGGAAUAUCUAGCUCAGAUAUUUAUAGAUCUGUGUAAUUCAACAUGGCCAAGAAACUCUGACUAUAUUGAUGGUUAUAUAGACACCAUAACCGCACAUAAACUAAAAAUGGAGGAAGCUUUUCAUCAAUUUCUUACAAAUAUUGGAAAACAUGUUGAUAAAGAGAAAACAGAGAAUGUUUUGUUUGAGUUUGAUCAGAGGUCGUUGAGUUUAAUAGGCAGUGGUAUUAUACAUGAAUGUUGUCAUAAAGAAUUAUUUGAACAAGGAUCGAAAAUUCUCUUUCUCAUGUUAAAAUGGAGUAUUAAAAUAUGUGAAGUAAAGCCCCAUGACAUUCACAGAUCUGUACAAAAUAUAUUAAUUAUAUGUUCAAAAGUAAAUCAGCCCAAAUUAGCAGUUGAAGCAUUAGAAGGUUUACAGUGGUUAAAACAUAAUUUGAGUCCAGUUACUAAUCUUGGUAUUUAUAUCAUACACCUCAAUGAAUUAAUAAAGUGUUUAGUAAAGAAAGAUGUUUGUAAACAAGCCUUUGAUGUUCUACUAUUCUUUGUGGAUAUUUUAAAACGAAGUGGCAGUGAUAUUGAAGGAAUGAACAGUGUUCGUAUGCAUUUUCCAGAAAUAGUAUGUAGAUGCUUAACAUUUGGCAUACUACAAACUGCCAUUGAUACAUUUAAACUGUUUAAAGAUAUUUGUUCUACAAGAGUGGGAUUCAGUGAAUCUAUUUUACGUUCUUUAUUUUCUGCUUGUUACGAAAUUGGAAAUUUUCAACAAACACAAGAAUUAUACAGAUACAUGUACAAUAGCUUUUUCAAAAAAUAUGCUGUACCAAAUCUUGAGGAUCCAAGCCACAAGAAAAUCAUGUUAGGUAGUCGAUUAUCUCAUGCUGAAAUAAUUUAUGUGUUAAAAGAUUGGUUAAUGAAUUUGUACAGAUAUUUCUGUACGGUAUUGGAAAAAGGGACAUCACUCACAAUGGAUGAUUUAAAUGUUACUGUGGAGUUUGUUCGUGGUGGUGAUCCAGAUAUAAGGGAGUUAUUUCCCUACUUGUCAAGCAUACCUCAGUCUGAGUUCGCAGCUCACGAGAUAUUGAGAUUGUCUUUAUCUAAGCUGGAACCAGCUCUGGAAACUAAUUAUAUUCCCGCCGAAGGAUGUCAUGAACUGUCUAGUAAUUGCCUGAAGGAAUAUCUUCUUGUGCUGGAUUUAGAAGAAAGGAAUAUUGGAUUACGAUUUGAUCCUCCACGUGUUGCAAGACGUCCUUUGUUAAAUUUUAACAACAUGCCUAAUAGAGGUGGAUAUUCCGACCGACCACCUCCCCUACAUGCCAGGUACAAUAGACGGGGUAAUUAUUAUGGGGGACGUCCAACACGCCCUUGGAUCAACCCCAGAGGAAAUAUAAGUUGAGAUUGUAUAAUAUAAAGAAAGCAUUAUAGUUUAUACAUGUAGUAUGGUUGACACAAAGUGAAAGUUGAGAUUUAAACACUGUGAAAGUGUAUAUUAUCAGAUACAAAGUUAUAGUUGGAAUUUAUCUUGUGAAUUAAUAUCUCAUGAGUGAUGAUAGUGUUUUUAAAAAUAUACCCAGUGAAAGGGUUUGAUAUGUGCAGUAUGGUUAAUAUCAUAUAAAGUAUUGUGUUACAAAUAAAUAAAUUGAAUAUGAGUGUGUAUUAUAUGUGCACUAUAUCGGAAAUGUGUGUGAUACAUGAAGUAUGUGUAAUAUUAAACUAAGUGGAAGUUUUUUGAAUGUCAUAAUAUGUGCAUUAUAUCAGAACAUGAAGUAUGUUUAAUAAUAUCAGAUAACUGAUUGUGUUGCAAAUAAAGUGCAAGUUGACAUCAUAUUCUUUUGUGCAUUAUAUCGGAAUGUGAAGUAUAUUUGAUAUUGGAUAACAGAUUGUGUUACAAAAAAAUACAGUGGAAGUUUUGGGGGUUUUUUUUACUGUUAUCCGUGCAUUAUAUCUGAAAUCAAGUGAUAUACUGUAGCUAAAAAAUUAAUGAUUAUGAAGUUUAUUGAGUACUGUACCAGUAUGUGUGUUCUGCAUUACUUCAGACAAGAAGUGAUAUGGACCUACCAUGUGUUACAAAUUGAUCGAACCAUUUUAUAACAAAAACAAUAGUGUAUGUAUGAAUGGAACAAAAGAACAUUUGUUUGUUUCUUUAAAAUGUGUGUUUCAUGAAGAGAACAUGUGAAAUGAUUUUUUUAUAAAUUUUAUAGCCAAAUGUUUUACAUUUCGUGUGUCUGUAAUGUAAAGAUUACUAUUAUUGUAAGUGGUUAGGGAAUAAGAAUCUCUGUGAGUGAAAGGUUUAGACUUUUAAAGAUGGAACUGAAUGUUUGUUUAAAGUGAAAUAGGAUUCUUUGAUUUCAAAAUAUUCACUGGAAGUGAAAUGAGAUUAUUGUGUCUAGUCUAAAAUAUCGUUAAACUAUUUUCAAGUAAAAAGGAAAUAAAAAUCAAUGGAAGCAGUUUAGCUUUGUCAAAGAUCUGAAACAGUUUUGCUGACAAACGUCUGGAAAGUCAAUAGUCUGGUAUACUCUGGAAACAGUUUAGGCUGUAAAUAAUCUGGUAUACUCUGGAAACUGUGAAUAGUCUGGUAUACUCUGGAAACAGUUUAGCUGUGAAUAGUCUGGUAUACUCUGGAAACAGUUUAGCUGUGAAUAGUCUGGUAUACUCUAAAAACAGUUUAGCUGUGAAUAGUCUGGAAAUGUUGCAUGAUAAAUUAAUAGUACAGUUAAAAGAGAAUCAUUUGGUGCUUCUAUAAAUAAUAUGUGGAACAUAUACUUGGCAUUUAUACAUUAUCAUGCAUUUUAUAGGUCAUUGUUCAGUUUGUUAAAUCCGAAAUUAUCUUGUGUUUAAUUAGACUGUAUACAUUCCUAUGGUCUGUUAAAACAGAUUUUCAGGGAAUCAAUUCUUUUGUUUUUGUUGUUGAAAUGUCUGGGAAAGGCAGAUUUUGUUUUGUUAUGUUAGUUUUUGUACUGUGUAAACACGAACAACUUUUAAAAUGAAUUAAGAUUGUUAUCUUGUUUAAAAGAUUUUAGAAAUAUAAAGAGAUUCAUGGGAACAAAAAGAUUUUUUUUUUUUUUUUUUUUUUCAUCUCUUUUUAAAUUAUGUAAAAUGUAUCGAUCGGUCCAGGUAGGUAUCAUGAUUUCCUUUCGUUUUUCAUAUUUUUUUCCCCUUUCGCCCGAAUAUGGAAUUUGAAAAAUAUUGAGUUAAAAAUGUUUUGUGGAAAAUUACAUGCAGUAAUAAUAUAUUCAAUGAUUCUUUAAUAAAUGGUAAUCUUUUGGUUUUAACUAAAGAUACAUUCAUAUCGCAGAGAGCUGAAUCGGCCAAUUGCAGGUGUUUUUUUCUGACUUUUUUUUUUUAGACGUUUAUUCACUUGACAAGCCAUAAUCAAUUCUGUAGACCCGUUGGAUGGCCGAGAUGCCAACUGGAUUUAGACCAUCAACGCCUUAUAUUGUUAAAAUGGAGUCAGUAGAUUGAGGCUCUAGAAUCGAGAUUUAUAUCUUAUUGCCUUAAGAAAGAACACAAGCAAAGUUUAUGUUUUAGAUUCAUAAUUGCAAAACAAAUUACGAAAGCGACUUAAAUUGUUAAUUGGUCUAUAGCCAUGUAAAUAAAUAACCUAAAAAUGUCAUCAGGGUCCUGUUUCAGUUUCACAAAUUUUAACUAAAAUAGUAUUAUUUAUGUUUGUGAGUACAGUUUCAAUUAUUUAAAAAACAUCUUCAUAAAUACUUUUUUUUGGUACAUUUUAGACAUUUAUAUACAUGUGUGGUUUUGUAAGCAAAAUUAGAAAAAAAUGUAUUUUUGGUCAAAGACAUGACUGGAAUAUAACUCCUCAUUUGUCAUCAUUUAAAAUAUAGAUAUGUUUUAUAUAUCACAGUGCCUUUAUACAAUAAAUACUUACAUCUUAA